UGCUCUCAGAGCGAGAGCCAUGAAGAUGCAGACAGCUGGCUAGCCAACACCGAAAUGUUUCCCCUGUUUGAAUUAGUUCGACUUUUCACUGUGAGGGACGACUACGAUUCCAGGAACUCCCCAACUAUUGUUCGCUAUGCAUACAAAGAAGCGGGCGAAGUUAACCUGCUGGCACUUGCCUGCACCAAUGGAUAUGUCCUCCUUAGGUACAGUAGUGGAAAUGGAAAACCUCCCACCACUCACCAGUUACCAUGGCCACAGGAUAAACCUAUCAGCUCAAUGUGUUUCGACCCUACUGUGACCUGGCUCCUGGUCCUAGCAGAAGAUGCCACCCUGUUCAUCAUACCAGCACUGCCUAUCAUGGAUCCAACUGCUAAAGUCAACCAACUGUGGCGAGAAGAUGAUGUCACCAUAACGAAGGUUAAGCGACCCAAAGGCGUUCCUACUGCCCUCCUCUGGUGGCACACACUGGAUGACCGACAGAUAGCCAUCAUUGGCACAAAGAUUGGAGAAAUAAUCUUUGUGGAUCUGGUUACAAGGAAGACGUUGUAUGAUAUCAACUGUGACUGUAAAAUCAUGCAGAUUGACAUCGUGGAAGAUGACCAGCAGAUGACCACUAACCUUCUGAUUACGGACCAGUCAGGUGUCCAGUGGAAGUUACUGUUAGAGAGCCGUACACAUGAGAUUUUGUCCCUACCAGACAAGGAGCUCCUUGACCUAGGGUACAACACUGUAGAUGGAAGGAACCUCCCUAUAAUCAGCAUCACCACUCCUUCGGAUCAAACCAGAGACCUGUUUCUGCCACUGAGGUUUUACCAGUUCCAGCGAUCUGUGUUCCUGUCGCCACAGUAUGCCAAGGGACGCCAUUUUGUGGCUGCUCAUUGUGACAAGACAAACACAUAUCAGAUUUAUGACAGUGAUGUGGAACACAAUCCUCUGUUUGUGUACAAGUUACCGUUCGGUGCUUACAACGUCAUCCUGACGGACAAAGUGAUAUUUACUACGACACGACUUGGUGGGGAGAAGAGAUUGCUUGUGAUAGCUAACCAAAGGGCUGAAACCUCAGUGGACGAUCAACAGGAUUUCAACAAGGAUGCAGUCUUACAGCAGUUUGAUCUUCCCCAAGAGGAGCACCUGUUGACUGUCCUAAAGAAGUCCUAUCCUUUCUACUGGCAUGACAAACGUGAGGAAGAUCUGUGUCAGAAGAUGGCUCAGGACAUACAGCUAGGUCUGAGGCGGACCAACAGAGCUGGGCCAAACAUCCUACCAUUGACCGCAUACGACAUGCAUGUCACGAGUCACACAGUGCUCAAUGGCUGCGUCAUCAUCACAGGGUCGUCUGUGUAUGAAUGUAGGCCCAGGAUAUCACCAGAGCGGCUGUUUCUACAGAUGGCAGUCCAGCAGCUUGACCACUCCCGAACGGAGAUCCUUGGUAUAGGUCUUGGCCUUGACCUCAAUACGCUGUAUGAAGUGUCCGCUGAACAUGUGCUAAAGAGCAAGGAUUUCACACAAGCCAUCAGACUCUACAAGCUCUCAAAGUGUUCCCAUGCCAGGAGAGUGGCAAACUUUGCACAGUACGGUUGUGUUCAAGAGGUACUGACCUACGCCAGACAAGUAUUGUGUGGUCAGAACCAGGACAUCAACACCAGUGAAAGGAAGCAGCUGACCGACCUGGCCAUACACUGUUUUGUACACCAGAUACAGGAACAUUCUGGCGACAAGGCACAACUCGAGCAGUCUUUUCUUGAGUUUCUCAUCACCAACUUUUCGUAUGAAGAAAGCUUGGCUCUUUCUUUGCUAUCAGAAAAUGGUCUGAUCUAUAUCCUACUGGAACUUGCUAAGGCUCGCGGCUUAGUGAUGGAGGCAUUGGACUUGUUGGCCAAAAACGAUUACACCAGACUAGACAAUCCUGUGGUGGACAGUCUGGUCAGCAAGGGCUUCACCAACCACCUAGUUCAGGCAGCCAAAGGUACGUUUUUCCAGUCACUGUCUCCCCAGUACAGGACCGAGAUCCUGUGCUCCAAGCCUCAACUGGCCCUUCAGCAUUACGCCAUGAUACAGGACAGCAUAGCCGACCUCAGAGUGGACACGCUGGAAAACCUUGCCAACAUUUUUGACCCCUCAAGGGUUAGCCUGAGGAACCACAUAUCUAAACAUAUGAUUUCCAAGAAAAGAACUGCAAGUAUCUCCUCUCUGACCUCCCAAUGUAGUGAUGGAGAAGCUGGCCCAAUGGAGAAUACCCUGCCUGAGGCAUCAAAGUUGGUGGAUUUUUUUGUCACCAUAAUUUUACAACUCAAUAGUAAACGUGACAAAUCUGGAGACAUUCCCAACGCUGAGGAGGUACUUACCAUGAACUCCAACGAUAUAUCUAAACAGUCUCCCGAAGAAAAUUUGAAAGUGAAAGUCCGAAAGUUGACCUGUCGACCAGUACCACUUGGUGCCGGACAUCAACAUGUGGCUUUAGUGCGCAACGGUGACCUAUACACCUGGGGUCGCACUUCCCACGGCAGGUUGGGCCACGGAGACCUGGCUCCAGACAACACUGUAUCUCCCCCCUGUAGGGUGGAAACUCUCCACAUGCUCCAGGUUCGGGUCAUCUCCGUAGCUUGUGGCGGUGAACACACGCUAGCCCUCACACAGCAGGGGGUGUUUGCGUGGGGGUCAUCCCAGUAUGGUCAGGUUGGAAUCGGUACGAGACAUAUCUACAGCCGACCCAUGCAGGUCAACAAGCUCUCGUCCGUCCAGUGUGUGAGUGUGGAGACCGGUCAAUAUCACUCCCUGGCUCUGACUGUUGAUGGAGAAGUUUAUAGCUGGGGCUGGGGAGUUCAUGGACAGCUCGGUCAUGGUAGUAUAGAGGACGCUUUGGUCCCGUCCCACGUACAGGCACUGUCAGACAAACAGAUCAUCAGGGUGUGUGGAGGAUACUGUCAUACCGUGGCCCUCUCCUCUGAGGGAGAGGUGUACUCGUUUGGGUGUGGAUUCUUUGGCCAGCUUGGUUUGGCAACAAACAAAAAACAGACAUUACCAGUGAGAAUACACGCUUUGAAGGGGAAGGUGGUCUUAGUCAGCACCAAGUUCUUCCACAAUAUCGCAGUCACGCAGAGUAACCAUGUGUUCUCCUGGGGUUGCCAUCCAUUCAACCUCCGAUUUGCGGCACAUUCCAUCCGUAAGGCACGCCAGGCCGGUGCUGUGGUCGGGGAUCCUGUCGACCACUUCCUACUGCCAGAUCUAGUCGACACCUGCUUUGUACAUGGCCGUAUUACCCAGGCUGUUUGUGGCAGCUCCCACUCGGCACUGGUCACUUUGGACGGAGACGUGUAUACCUGGGGUAGAAACAUGGACGGACAGAUCGGAAACAACACAAGACAGGACAUGAAAAUUCCGAGUAUGGUGACUAAUAUAAAUGAUCGCAGUGUGACACACAUCACCAUUGGAGGAGAGUUCAACAUCGCACAGGACUCCGACGGACUUGUCUGGGGCUGGGGAAAGAAUGACAUGGGUCAGGUAAAACAGGAGAAGUUAGAACCGUCCCCCACCACCUCCACCCACAAGGUCAUCAAGACCCACAACAGACGGCGCGCAGGUAGUGGCAUCACUGAGCUCCUUUUACCCACGGUCUGUCAGGGAUUUCCGAAUGCCAAACCAACUUCAUCACUAUGGCGACCAUCUCAUCUGACAAGGUCCGGGUCAUAUGAUGGUUCAGAUGGAGAAACAUGGUGGUCUGAGGACAACCAAGAUGACGUCCAGUUAGAUCUUCUUCCUGACCUCCAAUCACUUGGCAACAGAAAGUAUGGCCGUAUCACCAUACAUGAAGUCUUACAGCACCUGUCUGAGUUGUGUAACUGUAUGAAGAUACUGCGACAGUGUGUGAACGUUGAAGACUGGCUCAGUGCUGCCUAUGUCUGUCUCUACCAAAACAAUUAUGCACAGGCCCUGGCCUUCCAUCUGAAGGCACUGUCCUCCUACUCCAUGGUGUUUGGCAGUGAUUUCCUACAGAGUACGGAGAGAGUCGUCCAGCACUAUCUCAGACUUUGUAUAACACAAGAGCUGCCAGCCUCCCAGAAAGAGGAGAACUACAGACUUGUCCUUAUACAGAUGCUGGAACACUGGGAGAAACAUGACUUGUCUGUCAGCAGUCUGGAGGUUUUACUGGCGGACCACAUGGACAGUGUGUGCUGUAUUCUCAGUACAUUCCUUUUCUGGAAAAAUCCAAGGACUGAUGAUGGAGGAGAGACCAUGGAAAUGCCGAUUUGCAUAGGCGUUUCUGGCCAAUUUAUGAUGCAUUUUACUACUAAGUUCUGUCUCCAUGUCCUCCAAAAGGUCUUUGAUAAAAUGCUUCUCUCCGACUUUGAAAAGAGAUACCCAGUCAGUUACGGAUCAUUAAAAAGAUUACUGACCUGUCGGAUAGGGUCAAGCGAAUCCGACCUUGACCUUCAGCCAGGUGAUAAACUUGUACCGUUCGAUCAACUGUGGCAAGAUGUGGUUCGAAACCUUCAAAAGGGUUCAGAAUCACGUGACUAUAUAUACAUCACGCGAACAGAUAUUGAUCACAUGACGGAGAAACUUGGGCAGACCCAAGGACCGCAGUCCAUCCAGGAGGAAGUGAACUCACAGGAGCCAAAUGCGGUGCUGUUCACAUGUGGUCACCACUAUACACGACGGAACUUCAUGGAUGAAGUGACGGUCAAGUUCAACAAGGAGCUCUCCCAGGGCCCGUCCAGCCUCCCGGGGAGUGCUUCUCUAUUGAUGCAGUACUACUGUAGGCAGGGAUUACUUCCCCUGGCUUGUCCAAAGUGUGUACUUAAUACACUGCAUACUGCAAUGUAGGUUUCAUUCCAUGGGUCUGAUUAGGUCAGUAGUUAACUCAAACAUUCACCCCCACAUGUUUAAACUGGACUUACCAAGUCUUUGAUUUGGUAAGGUUCAAAUGUGACUUUAGGGGUGAAUGAGUUGAGGAUGGAUGUUUAGUGUUUUUUAGCAGUAUUUUACUGUUUAAAAGAUAUGAAGCUUUAUGGUUAUUUUUCAAGCAUCCAUGAAGUUCUGACCUUUUUAUUAAUACCACUAAUGAAAUAGAAUUCUGAGGAUCAGUGGCAAAAUAAUGCCAAAUAUUUUUUGACUUACAUUGGGCCAAUAAAAAAUAAGCUGCCCUAUAACGCUUAUAUUAUACCUGUCAUGCUGUUUGCAGUGAACAAAAAGAUGAAAGCUAUGGUAGUGGAUGUAUAUAGUUGACUGUUAAUAUCAAGGCAAGGUAAAGCCUGAAAAUCCUUGAUAUGAAAGUAGACCCGUCCUUCCUAUACAACACAAACUGACCAUGUGCCACAAGUUUCUUACAUACUGUCCUGAUUGGAUUGUGAAGGGUAGCAAAUUGCGAAGGAUUGCUUAAAUGUAUCUUACUGUUUGUAUGCCACAUAAAAGGUUUUUAAUGCAUUAUAUAUAACAGAAAUGUUUGUCAAUAAUGCUUGAAAAUACUGAAAAUCAGAGGCUACAUAUUUUAAGGUAGUCAGUGUUACUUUUAAACCUGAUUGAUUUAUCAAAGGGUCAAGUGAUUUAAAUGAAAUUAUAUCAAGAUUCUAUUUAUUCAAAUGUAUUUGACGCACUGCAUGUUGAGGAAGCCUAAGAUAUUUUUUCUGAUUUCUAUGAUUGUCAAAAUAUCCCCAAUUUUUCAAUGUUUAUUUACCUUGGUGCUUUGUGAAUUGUGUUACCAUUUCUCCCCAAUGAAUUGGUUACCAUGUUUUUUUACAAGAUUUACAGAGAUUUACAUAUGAUUGUAAUUAGAAUAAGUGAUGAUCAAUUAUCAUGUUUAUCUAAAGAUUUAAACUUUAUUGUUAUUUCAACUUAAAUACUCUUGUUGGCCCGAGUGUAAGUGCACGGGGUGGGGUUAAUGUGUGAGGAAACCGGAGUACCCAGAGAAAACCUUCAUGGUAGGGUAGGUGAUCCCAUACCUUUUCACGUCCAAUCAGGGAAUCUGACCCUAGCCACCUUGGUGAAAGGCGGGUGUAUCUUUAACUGCGGGAUACGACCACCUAUAGAGUAAGUUGUAGAGGUUCUCCGAGAUUUAAGGCCAGUAAUCAUGUUAUCUAAGUGGAAUUAGUCAAAGAGGUUCCCCACAAUGUGAUGUUUGGUUAUGACUUUGCUAUAAAUCUUAUUAAUUGUUUGAUAUUUUAAAAGGCACAAGAUUUACCAAAGGUAUUUGAAAAUCUGAAAUCAAAUAAUGAGAAUUAGUUAAAUAUGACAGUCAAUACUCACGAGUUGGGGAUCUGUUUUCUCCCUUUAGCAUUUAUAAUUUGUUUAAAUCAAUGAAUUUCUACAAAAAUGUACUUCCCAGCUUGAAAAAAAAAUAGGCAUUAUUUUCUUAUAUAUGUGUUUAAUAUGAUGUCACAAAACUUUGUGAAUGUUCUAAGUUCACACAAAGAUUGUUAUUAACAAACGACAAAGCUCCCAAUGAGUUACCCACAUAUGGGUACAUGUAUAUCAUAUGUUUAACCUAAGUGUUGCAGUUGUGUAAUUAUGGAAGAAAAUUCAUGCUAGAAAGUUUUACUGGUUGUGUCCAGGUACAGAGGCCAGCUAUUGAUUGAUAGGGGAAAUUUACUCCAGGUUGAUACGAAAUUUACUCCAGGUGGAUAUGAAAUCUACUCCAGGUUGAUAUGAAAUUUACUCCAGGUGGAUAUGAAAUCUACUCCAGGUGGAUAUGAAAUUUACUCCAGGUGGAUAUGAAAUCUACUCCAGGUUGAUAUGAAAUUUACUCCAGGUUGAUACGAAAUUUACUCCAGGUGGAUAUGAAAUCUACUCCAGGUGGAUAUGAAAUCUACUCCAGGUGGAUAUGAAAUCCACUCCAGGUGGAUAUGAAAUUUACUCCAGGUGGAUAUGACUUAGUAUUAUUAGCUUAUAUCAGUUCCACCUUUCCAAUAACUUCUAGCUUUAAACUUUUGUAACUUAUACAAAACUGUUGGCAUGUCAUGGUUCAUGGAUAUUCCUAGCUAAUGGUUACCUUACCAAUCAUAGUAUAUUCUAAUUGCAAAUAUCUCAUAAGGAUAUUUAAUAAUUAGUUUAAUGCUAUGUUACAAACUUUUUAUAAUUCUUCCAUAUUUUUUGAAAGACUGCAAUAAUUCUAUGAAACUUUCUUUAAAACUAAUAUUUACUACCACUACAUGGUGUUCUGUGUACCAUUUUCAAGUCUUACAUCUGAACGUCAAGGUCACAAUAUUUUUUUCAGAUGUAUGUGUUGCAACUACUUAAAUUGUGAGAGAGCUGGAUUAUGGGGACAAUUUAGGACUGACUGUAGACUACUGUGACUGGAGGUGUCGACAGUGAAGAGGAUACAUCAUACUUGCCAUCAUUAGUUCCCCACCGGUUCUUUAUUUUGACCUCUGACUGCAAUCAUUGGAAAAAUAGCCCUUUUCUGUAUCAGGAUACUUUCUGUACUGUAGGUUGAUACUGAGAUAGGUGUACAGCUCGGUAAGAAAUCAUUACCGGUGGGGGACUAGUACAGCUCGGUAAG